CGGGGAGUUCGUUCCACCACCGUGGAGCCAGAACAGACAGUAGUCGUGAGCGUGAGGUGGAAGUCCAGAGAGGGGGAGGUGCCAAGCCUGGGGAGGCUGAACGAAGAGGUCUGGCAGGGGUGUAGGGUCUGAUGACUUUUUGUAGGUAAUGGAAUGGACUAUUUAAACACAAUAAACAGACACCUUUCUGGUGGGAGCUCCGGGCUCUCAACCAACGUUGCUGCCAGCUCCUCAUCAUCCAGAGGGAGGACCCAGAGCAGAGACAGUGAAAUAAGAGCCAGAUUGCAGAGUGCAUCUCCAUCCACCAGAUGGAUCGAGCUGGAGGACGUGAAAAAGCUCUUGAAGGGCUGCAGCGUUAACCCCAUGCACACCACCUCCGACACCCUCCCCAUCCCCAAGAAGGGCUCUGUGGAGACCAGGUUGAUCACCGAGGGCUCGCAGUCAGUUGCUGCCAGCUCUUCAUCAUCCAGAGGGAGGACCCAGAGCAGAGAGAGUGAAAUAAGAGCCCGAUUGCAGAGUGCAUCUCCAUCCACCAGAUCAGUGCUGACGCAGUAUGACGCCACGGUGCUGGACUCUGUGCAGCCCUCCUAUGUGUGGACCACCUCCAGCCUGCCCUCUGGGUUCGCCGGCCUCACCGCUCCCAACUACUCCACCAGCCCCAAAAACAUGUCCCCGGAAUCCACCCUCCUGCCCUCCCCACCCCUACCCUCGCUGUCAGUUGCCGGUGUCUGGAACAACAUGACAUCCUCACCCCCCCCUCUGAGCGGUGGCCUGUCCAGCAGCAGUGCAGGUUAUGGGGUACAGAAGAAUAUGUCUCAGACAGUCAGCUCUGCUGUCUCCGCCAGUACAGCAUCUAAGGUCAGGAGCCACAGUGAGGAGCCCUACCUAAAAGACUUCAAGUUCCUGCUGCUGGAGAAGGAGAACAUUCCUCAGAGCAGGAAGAACAAUGACAUGCCCGUCAUCAUGGCUAAGGACAGUGGGAAGAACUUUGGCAGCGCCCCUCCCAGCAGGAUUCCCAAGGAUGCAUCCCAAAAAGCGCUCAAAAAAGACAAGGCAACAUAUGCAAAGAUCGAGAAGGAUGGGGGUGGAGGUGGGGGUGGAGGUGGAGGGUGGUGCUGUGGAGACUCCUGCUACAGCUGGUGGAAAUGGCUUGUGGGCCUACCCCUGGGGCUGCUGCUUCUCCUGGCCCUCCUGUGUGGACUCAUUGCCCUGGCGGAGCAGUUGAGGAAACUGACAACCAGGGUAGAUGCUCUGGAUAACAGACCUGAUAUAAGGGAACACAUGCCCAGCAUAAAAAAAAUGAUACAGGCCGAGCUGGCCUCCGACAAAAUCAGAGACUUAAUCGGCUCAUCUCUCAAAGGAGAAAGAGGGAAACAAGGACCCCAAGGUGACCAAGGACAGAUCGGACCGCCUGGAAUUUGCGGUCCAGUUGGACCUCAAGGCAAUGUUGGCCCUCCAGGGAUAGCAGGAAAUCCUGGCCAGCCUGGAGCUACAGGCACCAGCUCUAACUUUGUGAGUAUUCCUGGACCCCCUGGGAGCCCGGGACCGGCUGGCCCUGCUGGGUCCCCAGGACUGUCAGGACCCAUUGGCCCUGCUGGACUUCCUGGUCAGAUUGGCACCAGCUCUAACUUUGUGAGUAUUCCUGGACCCCCUGGGAGCCCGGGACCGGCUGGCCCUGCUGGGUCCCCAGGACUGUCAGGACCCAUUGGCCCUGCUGGACUUCCUGGUCAGAUUGGAGACCCAGGAUCACCUGGAGAGAAAGGGGACAAAGGAAAUGCAGGUGACCAAGGACAGAUCGGACCGCCUGGAAUUUGCGGUCCAGCUGGACCUCAAGGCGAUGUUGGCCCUCCAGGGAUAGCAGGAAAUCCUGGCCAGCCUGGAGCUAAAGGCACCGGCUCUAACUCUGUGAGUAUUCCUGGACCCCCUGGGAGCCCAGGACCGGCUGGCCCUGCUGGGUCCCCAGGACUGUCAGGACCCAUUGGCCCUGCUGGACUUCCUGGUCAGAUUGCAGAACAACCAGGUCAACCAGGACAGCCAGGGCAAGCGGGGCCCCCCGGACCCCCUGGACCCCCGGGGCCUGCAGGAGAGCCCAGGUCAGGUGCAUGUGGUCCCCAGGGUCCCCCCGGCCCCCCAGGUCCUCCAGGAGGGCCAGGUGUGGGAUUACCGGGCCCUAGGGGAGAAAUAGGAGAGCCUGGAAAACAUGUAGGCACAGCUGGCUUCUCUGGGUCUCCAGGCUCCCCCGGCUCUUCUGGGGCACCUGGGCAGAAAGGAUCGCAGGGUAACCAAGGAGCAAGGGGAUAUCAAGGGGAAGCAGGCCCACCUGGUGCUCCAGGGAUUCCAGGCAGAACCUACGAAGGGGCACCUGGGCCUCCGGGACCAGUCGGUCCGAUGGGAGCGAGGGGCCCUGUUGGCCCGCAGGGAACUAAAGGCUCAGGUUACAUCAGUGGAGCCCCUGGACCCCCAGGCCCUCCUGGUGCCCCUGGCUCCAUGUCUGUCAAUGACAUCAUUCUGCUUCUACAGAGGGACGAAGUGCGUCGGUAUGUGACGGGCCCCCCAGGCCCGCCUGGCCCUCCAGGAAGUGGUUGCGGUUAUGUCUGUUAUGACACCAAGGAGCUGGCCGAGCGUAUCCUAAGGCUUAUGAACGAACAUGGGAUGCUGAACAUACAAGGACCUCCAGGGGCUCCCGGAUCUCCUGGAUCUCCUGGAUCUCCUGGCCUGCCUGGCUCCUGCGGUGACAUCACUACCCUGCUUCAAAGGCCCGAGUUUCAUGGGUUAAGGGGCCCGCCGGGGCCCCAGGGGCCCCAGGGGUACACUGGCCCUCCAGGACCCCCAGGCACAGCGGGAUCAUCCACAGGCACCUGGAGUUACAGCCUGGAGGACAUCUGGCAUUACCUGCAGAAACACGGGAUGCCGAACAUACAAGGACCUCCAGGGGCCCCCGGAUCUCCUGGAUCUCCUGGCCUGCCUGGCUCCUGCGGUGACAUCACUACCCUGCUUCAAAGGCCCGAGUUUCAUGGGUCGAGGGGCCCGCCGGGGCCCCAGGGGCCCCAGGGGUACACUGGCCCUCCAGGACCCCCAGGCACAGCGGGAUCAUCCACAGGCACCUCAAGUUACAGCCUGGAGGACAUCCGGCAGUACCUGCAGAAACACGGGAUGCCGAACAUACAAGGACCUCCAGGGGCCCCCGGAUCUCCUGGAUCUCCUGGCCUGCCUGGCUCCUGCGGUGACAUCACUACCCUGCUUCAAAGGCCCGAGUUUCAUGGGUCGAGGGGCCCGCCGGGGCCCCAGGGGCCCCAGGGGUACACUGGCCCUCCAGGACCCCCAGGCACAGCGGGAUCAUCCACAGGCACCUCGAGUUACAGCCUGGAGGACAUCCGGCAGUACCUGCAGAAUUCUGGAUUUAAGUGUCCCCCUGGACCCCCUGGCCCCCAGGGCCCUCAGGGGCCUCCUGGGGACACCCCGAGCUUCGUGUCCCUGACGGAAAACACGCAGAGGAGCAGUCUGAUUCGCACCCAGCUCCAGGAGUAUCUCAGAAGUGACAGCAUGCGGCAGUUUAUCAUCGGGCCCCCAGGGGCCCCUGGCCACCCGGGACUGCAGGGACCGAAAGGGGACCGCGGGGAACCAGGCUACAGUCACACCCAGGGCUCCAGCCACCGAUACUCCCACGGGAGCCAACGGACGGAGAGCCUGGACUACUCUAACAUGGCUGUGAAGGUGACCGACUACAUCAAGACUCAGGGUCUCCUACAGGACGUCAUCUAUGAUGUCACUCGACGUGUACAAUCAGGGGGGGUCCAAGGUCCCCCAGGGCCCCCCGGACCUCCCGGCCCCCCAGGACACAGCCAGUACCAUGGGUCCUAUGGCAACACGACACAGCUCAUAGACUACAUAAAGUUGCACGGCUCCAUAGCAGGCUCUCCGGGGCGACCAGGGCAGAAAGGAGAGAGGGGAUAUACUGGACCCAGGGGAGAAAAAGGUGACAUGGGACCACAAGGCUUUCGGGGAGAAACAGGAAUACCAGGCUACCAUGGACAGAAGGGUGAGAAAGGAGAGUCACUGGUGGUUGUGAGUAAGAGGCUGAGGAAGAGGAGAAGUGUUGGUGUUUAAGGGGUUAUGCUUUCAUCUUCUGGGUAUUUUAACCAGUGACCAGCCCACCAUCUUUCCCUACAAGUUAUCAUUCCAUAUAUGCUGUAGCAGUGCCUUGAAGUACCAGUACCACAUUAAUCCUUAGCGAAAGCUUACUCGUUUAUACAAGUUUAUAACCUUUUUUUACAGGUACUGCUUGACCAAAAGUAUACUUUAACAUUUUUGGAAUAUCAAGGUGUUUUUUCUCCUUUACAUACUAUCUAGGUCUCUGGCAGACAAAGCUUUUCAUUAUGCAUGUUAUUUAGAAAUAUGAGAUUUUAGAAUAUUUAGAAAUAAAUUGCACAAAUGUGUAGUUACAUGUUUGCAAAAGACAUGUUUCAGUCAUCACAUGCACUUAACUUUUAUGUUUUUAGUAUUAAUUUGUCUUUUUUUGCUUUUAAAUGCACACAUUUGAAAAUACAGGUUGAAGUCAAACAGCUCUCAGUACUGUUUUGAUGUCAUAUCAAGGAGUUUUACUAAAGACACAGCUCUUAUAAGUACACUGCCACAUCAGCCUGCUGGAUUAUUUAAUGGCUUUGUCAUUUUUUUCUCAGGUGAGACAGGACAGAAAUAUAUUAUUAUAUAAAAAACUAUAUUUAUAAGUAUAUAUUAUUUAAUAUUAAUUAGUCAAAAAACUAAACCGGCAAUUUGUGAGCUGAGAAUUACAAGGUCUCCAAGUCAUUGUCAUUGUAUCCUUUCAAACUCAAAAUGCUAGAAUACAGAACCUAAAUAACAAUGAAUUAAUUGCAGUUUGGUGCUCACCAUAUUUAGUGACCUAUAAACAACAUGUUUGAUACUAACUCGUUUUUGUCAGAAACAUCAUUUAGAACUUUAUAAUUCUAAUUCUAAUAAUAAGAGAGAAACACUGUUUCUCUCUUAUUAUUAUUCUAUCAGUCCAAUGUCUUACGUGACAUCAAAACAGUAUAAAAGGCUCUUAAGGACCCCUUCCUGCAUUUAAGAUUAGAUUAGAAAUGCUUAUUUCACUUAGUGGGAUAAUUAUGAGUUGUUGUCAAAGCAAAAAAGUAUAAAGUCAUUGCCAAGUAACUGAAAAAGACUGGAAUAUGUGGGAGACAAAAUUUAAAUGUUUUUAUUAACAAAAAACCCUUUUCAGUAUACGUGAAAUUCACAUUGUAAUUAAAGAAAAGAACUGAAAUGUU